AACAUACCUUCAGACUGUAAAACUAGAAACUGUAAACAAAGUUAUAACAGAAAAAAGGCCUUUGAUGGCUCGCUUGUAUGAUCGUUUGAAAUCAUUGUUCGUCGGAAAAUAAUUGUUGUUUGACGCUGCUACGAAUAAUUGUUUGGCACCGAGAGUAGGCUGCCUUCGGAAAAACUUCAAUUCAGCGACAUCGGUGACAACAAAAUAAAAAUUAUUUCUAUUCAGUACUUAAAUCUUCGAUAACACAAUCAUGAAAGAAGGACAAGGAAAGUGGGACAAUAUUUCUCACAUUGUAACUAAUGAAGAUUGCGUUCAUGAAAAUGGAGAGGCCAUUAGUACAGAGGAUUCUCCUGCAAGGCAGAAACUACACGGAUGGCUGAAUAAGAACUUACGGAUAAAAAUGACGGAUGGUCGGAUCUUAGUAGGGGUGUUCUUGUGUACCGAUCGUGAUGCCAAUGUGAUAUUAGGAUCUUGUUCUGAAUUUCUGUCCGAGGAUCACACAGAAGCCAGAACCCUUGGUCUAGCAAUGAUUCCUGGUAGACAUAUUAUUUCGAUACAUAUCGACGCUUGAGCACUUGGACUCUGUUACACGAUCUGUACAUAAUUCAAUAAUGAUCCUCUCAUUUCUGAUAUUUUUUGUUGUAAGUAAUUUUAUUAAAUUAGAUUAAUAACGUGUAAAUUAUAAGUUCUAAAUGUUGAGCAAAUGGAAAGAUUGUUUGGUUAUGGUAAUUGGCGAGACUCGUUAUUGUCCUCUUUACUUUCUGAAAAAAUAAACGUGAUAUAUUAAUAACUGUGUAUAGAACGA